AUGGAUUUACUCAAUCUUGUUUAAUUGGCAAUAGAUAUUUCAUUAGCAAGAGAUAACUAUUGUGAAGAAAUAAAAAAAUUACGAAUAAAUUUAGAAGUAUUCUGUCAUAUAUUGAAAUAACUUGAUGAUUCUAAUUGUCCUAAUUAAUUUUUAAAAGAAGCUGAAUAAGAAUUGUAAAAGACAUAUGAUUGGCUUAAAAAUCUACCUUAAGAAGUGAGCAUGUAAUUAUAAUAAAUUCAAUAUGAUAGAUUGGAUAGUGUUAAGUUUUAAAUACCUUAUAAUAAUAAGGUAGAGUAAAUUAAAGAGAAAUGUAAUUCAAUACAAUAAUUAAUUACUUUGUCAACAGCUUUAAAUGUAAUUAAAAAAUCCACUUCAUAAAUUGCAUCUAAUCCAAAACCACCUUAAACUAUUUAAGCAACUGUUACUUAAGUUGAUGAUAUAUAUAUUAAUGAGAAACCAGAUAAAUAUAUAUUGUUAUAAGUUAUUUCUGAUGAACAUACUAAAACUAUAUUUAGAAAACAUGGAGUAAAUUUACAGAAUAAGCAUGCUAUUCAUUUUAAAGAUGAUGAAAAUGAAAUUGUUGUAUGUAAAAUAUCAAGAUAAGAUUAUUCUUUACUUAAAGAUGAUAUUUAAUAAAUUAACACAAUUUCAUAAGAUCAUGCAUAAAUCAUAUGUAAAAAGAUAGAUAAAAUAAGUAAAUAUCCAGAAAUACCUAAAUUUGAUGAUAAUAAUGAUUAAUAAGAGUAAAAAAUUGAUAUUUUAUAAUUAUUAGUGUAUUUUACUCAUUGGAUGAUAACGUAAAAGAGAUUUCUAAAAAUAUGAUAGAUGAAGUAUAAUAUGAAUUCUAUUUAAAAAUUACAGGUCGUUUAGGUGUCUUUUUAUAUAGAAAGAAAGAAAAUAUAACUGAUUUUGGUAAAUUGAUAUAACCUGAUACUUGGGCAAAUAGGAUAUAAAAUACAACAAUAAGAUUAGAAGAGAAUGAUAAAUUUGCAAUUUUAAUGAAGAAACCUGAAUAUAAGGUACCAUUGAUAGCUUAUUCAAUAACUUAUAAUUUAUGAUGGAUGAU